AUGGAGACUACAUAUGAAAUAUCGGAAUCUCUUCAAGGCAUGUUUGGAAAGCAGUCUGAUCAAUGCAGACAUGAGGCUACUAGAGCCUAUAUGAACAUGAGAAUGAAUAAAGGAGUUUCUAUCAGAGAACAUGUUCUAAAUAUGAUCAAUACAAUGCAUGAUGUGGAAGUUCAUGGAGCAACCAUUGAUGAGAGGACUCAAGUUAGUCUGAUACUUGAAUCACUCACACCAACGUUUUUCACAUUUACUACAAACUAUGUUAUGAACAAGGUGGAGUAUAAUAUGGCUCAAUUGUUGAAGGAAUUGUAG